AACAGAGGGAGCUAAACACAUAUAGAUGGUGUGCAGAGGCUACUGCCCUGCCGGUGCCUCCCUCCUUUCACACUCAUACUAAUACACACGCAUCCAUAGCCAGGGCCAGACCAGGCUCUGCCGCCUGCACAUCACCCCGAGCUGUAGCAGGAGCUUGCACCAUGGAGAUCAGAGAAUCACAAAGUCAGCAGGAAAGACUGCAGAUGAUAGCGGAGAAAAGAAGACGUCAAGUUGAAAUUGAAAACAAGAGACGUCAAUUAGAAGAUGACCGAAGACAACUCCAGCAUCUUAAGUCUAAGGCUCUUCGAGAGCGCUGGCUUCUUGAUGGAGCUCCAGCUUCUACCCCUGAAGAAGAUGAGGCCAUAAGGAGACAGAUGCAAGAAGAUGAACUGAAGACCCGGGAGCUUGAGGACAGUAUUCAGCGGCUGGAGGGAGAAAUCGAGUUACUGGAAAAUGGGUUGUCCAGCACAUCCACCAAAGAGAGCCUAGCAGAGGGGACAGCAAAUUCCGAGCCUGAGAACCUAGACAUGGUCAAAAUCCAAAAGGCCAUAGUGAAUGCUGCCAGGGAUCAGAAUGUUUCGCAGUCCCCAGCAAAGAAGACAGAUAGUCCAGAUAUGAUGAGAGCAGCCAUGUACUCUGUGCAGAUAACAGUAGAGAAGGACAGAAUCACAGGGGAGACUAAGGUCCUCUCUAGCAACACUGUGCUCCCCAAAGAGCACCCCCUGCAGGGGGUCAAGGUGUAUGAAGAUGAACAGAAAGUUGUGCAUGCAGUGAGAUCUGAGGUGGCAGUUCCAAAUGAUACAGUUCACCAGCUGAGUUCCACAGAGGUGGAAGAACUGAUCACAAAGGCAGAGGAAGCAACACUCAGUGAGAUUUCUUUAACCUCAGAUGAGAAGACUCAGGUCAAAAAAGCAUCUCCCCGCAAGGAGAUUCCCGGUGUGCAGGCUCGGCCUCCUAAGACUUCACCAGGCCCAGAACAACCAGUAACCAUGAUUUUCAUGGGCUAUCAGAAUGUAGAGGAUGAGAAUGAGACAAAGAAAGUUCUGGGUGUGGAAGAGGCUAUCACUGCUGAACUGGUCAUCAUUGGUGAUGGAGAUGCCCAGCCAGCUGUUGAUGGAGACCUGCAAGAAAAGGCAGAGCAUCCUCCGAAUGGUGCUCCUGUAGAUACUCCCAAGAAGAGUGAGAAGCCAGAGACCAAUGACACAGUAGCACCCACGAGUGGAGAGCAGGACCUAAGCAUGAAGAAACAAAGGUGCAAGUGUUGUAGUGUGAUGUAAGCAGGAGAACGUAGGGGAGGGUUAUGCCUUUCCUCCUCUACUUUACAUACCCCUUAAAGCCUGAGAAUGGCGCUCCUAUGUCAGCAUGGAGAACUGCAACCCCAUAGCCUUUUUCUCAGUUCCAUAAUGGGUUCUCUCUGUCUGCUGCAGCCUUCGAGGGAAUCCUCUUCACAAUUUCAAGACUCAGAAUAUGGUAUCCAGUCUGCCAUGAACAUUGCUUUCUCUAAAACCUGGAAGGACUCUACAAUAUAUAACCCAAUAAUUUGAGUGACUCAAGCCACACUUGUUUCCAACGUAAAGCUUUUAGAGAUGGUGAAUGAGGCUUUCUUCUAUGUCACUCCAAUGUGUAUGAGAGGGGUGCUUGUUUUUCUUCUCAGCUAUACAUGCUGUAAUGGCAGAAACAGUUCAACAUUUUCUCCUGUUGCCAUCCACUGUAUUUAUCUAUGAAGAAUCUGCAGCUCUCUCUAUAUAUUAAGAAAGCUACUGCCAAUUUUUACAAAGAAGACUUUCAGCAAACACUUUCAAAUGCCUCCAAUUUGCUCUCCUCCCAAUGCUAAGCCUUAUUAUUGCUCAAGCCUGAGUUUCAAGAGAGAUAAAAAAAAGCAUACAUAAAUUGAAUGUGAUGUGGAUAAUACAGAACUACUGAAAUGAAAAUAUGUCAGGGAUAUUUUCGGUCAGUGUAAGAGAGGUUGAGCAGGAACUAGAUAAUUAUGUGAAGAUGACUCAUACUUGUUCAAAAAAAGUAAUUAAGAAUUAUAAUGUGAUGGUAUUUUAUGGUAAUUUUCAUUAUAGGAAGCAACAGAAAAAAGUGUUAAGGUCAGGACCCUAUUUAGCCCAGCCGUAGGAAGCAUUGUGUAAUAUGUAAGAGUAUAGCCGGUGUUAGCUAAAUGGGCUACCUAUAUAGUUGCACAGGGUUUAUCCUGAGGGGUACCAUCAGCUGGAUUUUCACCUCUAUUGAACAUUUAUUAAAAU